UAUAAAAGCAAGGCAAAUGUUUCGUUUAAAUCACCCACACAUCUCAUUUGUGCCAAGGUAAACUCCUCUAAACAAGAAUGAAAUUUUUGGUUGUUGCAGCUCUUCUUGUUGCGGUCGUUUCGGCCAAGAACAUCCGCAUCACUUCCGUCCGCGACUGUGGUGCUCCCGGCUCCGCUGUCACUUUCUCCGGAACCAUCAACACCGAUCCAGUGCCCGUUCCCGGUGCCAUGCUCGCUAGCUUCUCCUUCACUAGUAGCAUCGAUUCUCCGGACGAUUUGAACAUCCGUAAAGUCACGACACGCAUUGCUGACAACUUUCAAGUCCCAUGUCUAGAUGGCAUUUCUGGAACCUGCACAAUUCCUCUAUGUUUCGCCAUCGAGACCUUCCCGAAUUUGGUGUGCCCGCUCUUCCCACCUGAGCUGCCUUGCCAGUGCCCGAUUUUGGCCGGAACUUACAACUCGCCCAACGCUGUAGUCAAUUUCGAUGAACAAUGGCUCGCCAUCGAUGGCGGAAUUAACGGUGAUUACAAUACCGUCACCGAAUUCGUUACUGCCAUCGGCACAGCCGACGAAGCCGUUCUUGGCUGCAUUGAACUCGAGUACACCCUUGUGGCCGCCUAAAUUGAAUUAAAAUUCAGUGUGAUGACUGCUUCAUUUGAUUGUGACGAAAAAAAAAAGAAAAAAGAAAUAAAGAUGUUAGACUUA